UCACAGCAGCGUUUGCUUGCCGAUUAGGCACUAUCAACAUGGCAGCUUUCUGAGUUUUGGAGGAGGGUACCUGGUGUAAAUAAACACAAAUUUCACGUUUUACAGAUAACGACAGCGUUCGCGUGUUUGCGUUUAGGAGUGGUCGGACCGUAGAGGGAAAAUGUCGACUGACGGGAAUAAAAAACAGUUCUGGAAAAGAAACGCAGCGAAGGUUCCUGGCAACAUUCAGCAUGUGUAUGGCGCACAACAUCCUCCUUUCGACCCGCUCCUUCAUGCAAACCUGAUUAAAGCAGGCAACAAGCCGCCCCCGGCCACGCCAGGCAAGCCCAAGAAGGCUACCACCUUCCAGGAGUUUGAGAGCAUCACAAGCGAUGCCUGGGAUGUUGGGGAUGAUGACGACGAGUUGCUGGCCAUGGCUGCACAGAACCUUAAUAUCGAGGUGGUCAUGGAGACGGCCAAUAAGGUGAUUGAGAAUCACAGCAAGCAGCAGGAGAGACAGAGGCAGGAUCAGACAACAGAGCUGGAACAGAGAGAAGAGGACACGCAGGAGGAGGUGGCAGAGGACGAGGAGGAUGAGGAGGAAGAUGAGGAGGACAGGCUGGGGGAAGGAGAGGUGACCGGCCCAGAGGUGUCGUUUGCCUCCCAGAGAAGCCCUUACACUGAUGGCCGCCUAGUGAAGUCCCACAGCGAAGCUCCAAUUGGGUCACCUAAAGACACAGCAGGUGAGCACGCAGCCCUCCACAGACAACGGUCUCUGCCCCACAGGCCGCCCGUCAUCCCGCUUGUGGCUCGCAUGGCUGACCAGAACACAUCUGGCACCCCGGCCAUGACCGAGAGGGAAGCGUCCCGUCUGGAUAAGUUCAAACAGUUACUGACUGGGCCCAACACAGAUCUUGAGGAGCUACGGAAACUCAGCUGGUCUGGAAUCCCCCGACAGGUCCGACCUAUAACGUGGAAGCUCCUUUCAGGUUACCUACCAGCUAAUGCGGAAAGAAGAGACAGUGUGCUACAGAGGAAGAGACAAGAAUAUUUUGGCUUCAUCCAGCAAUACUAUGACUCCCGCAAUGACGAACACCAUCAAGACACUUACAGACAGAUCCACAUAGACAUUCCUAGGAUGAGUCCUGAGUCUUUGGUGCUGCAACCAAAGGUGACAGAGAUUCACAUUGACAUACCGAGAACUAAUCCUCUUAUUCCUCUCUUUCAACAAGCUUCUGUACAAGAGAUUUUUGAGCGGAUCCUGUUUAUCUGGGCCAUCCGCCAUCCAGCCAGCGGUUACGUGCAAGGCAUCAAUGACCUGGUCACGCCGUUCUUUGUCGUCUACGUCUUUGAGUACAUUGCAAGUGCUGCUCUCCACAGUGCAACGUGGCACCUUUUUGUAGCUGAAAAGACUCGGGGUGUACUUGCUGGUUCAUCGCCACAGGUCACAGGGAAUCAACUCUGGGACCCUCGAGACAGUCUUUCUUUUCACUUUUCUACCCGACAAACUCCUUCUACAGCUCUGUGCCCUCUCUUUCCUUCUAUAUUCUUCCACCUAUCUGUUCUUCUUUCAUGUAGAUUUACACUUAUAUCUCACUUUGUUUUUAAAUAUGCUUGUGAGUUAUAUUUAUCAAAGCAUUCUGGUUAACACUGCACGUAUAUAUGCACAGUAUGUGUGAGAGAGAACAUAACUUGUGGGCAUGUGUGUUCUUUUUUGCUCAAACCACAAUUUACCCCCUCUACACCUGGCAUUAGAAUGCGUCUUGUAUUUAGAUAUGAUUUUAACCCGAUAACAUUUACACCUGGUGUUAAUGUGUCUCCAGUGUCCACAUUGAGAUCCAAUUGCUCUGUCCAGCUCAAACAACCGAACGACACCUGCUCGUUUGCACGGGUCCAAAUACUGCUCUGUAACUGUAGACUGUUGAAUAACUUUGUGAACUGCCAUGUUCAGAGCCAACAUGUUGUCUACAGAGCCCUCCUACUGUGUGCGUCUGUGUGAUGUUGUGCCUUAUUUACGCCGAUGAAUGUUUUUUUGACGGUAUAAUCAUACACAGAUACAAAACACACACAGACUGGCAGUUGUAAGAAAAAACUGGUGAUCUUUAAGGAACACAAAUUUUAAGGAUUUUAAUAUGAUUAUUAUUAUUAUUAUUAUUAUUAUUAUUAUUUACAUAACUUUACUUCAGUCAAUGCUUUAUUUGUCUCGUGUCCAGGAAUCCUUUUUCAGGUUGUUCUUGAAUGAAGCCCACUUUUUUAGGUCCCUGGUUUUCCCCUUUUUGCAAAAGUCCUUCCUCAAAGUUUUUGUCCCCCCUAAAACCACGGCCUGCUUGUCUUUUUGUUUGGUUUCUUUAUGCUAUGCCAUCAAGCCACAAAGUGGAAACCACAAUGCUCUGAGGACUACCUUGCACCCUCUAGACCAACUGUGGUUACAGAGAUACAUUUAGGAUUUAGGAAGUUUAGUGGUGGGAAGCACGCAAAAUAGGUUGUACUCUCUGACUCCUGUGCUUCUCUGUACUGCUUUUGGCACGCAGCACUUUACUGAGAGCUAAUGAGUGCUUGGUUUAAAGCGUUUUCUCUGCUUUUCUUUUAACUUCUACUUCGUUUUACAUCUUUUAGUAUAACGCAAUACAAUGCAACAGUCCGGCAAACCACAGUACAGGCUCCAAAAUGACCAGGAAGUUAACACCUCCAUACAAACUGUUUCAACACAAAAUGAACAUUUCAACCUUUUAUUAAGGUAGGAUUUGUUGCUGGGAUGUUGUGUUAGAAUGCAUUUGUUUUUCAGCGAAGUGAACCUAAAAAAAUGGCAAAUUAGUAUAAUUUCCAAAAUGAGAUUUCUGUGAAAACUGUACUCUUAGAAAAUAAUGGCUGGUAUUAGAUCCAGUAUCCAGUACCUUUAUUCAGUUGUCCUUCACAUUUCCCAUUGUUUUCCUUUAUUAAUAUGUUCUCCGGUGUCUUGUUUCCUCUUUUCCAGCACCCAUUUUCUGCUUUCUUUCAUUAUCCCUACCUCUAUCCACAUUUGUUUCUCCUCUCUCUUUGCCUUUCUCUGUGGGCGAGUCACACUCUUGUCAGAUCUUCAAGGCAUCACCCCGCGCUUUGUUCCCCUGCAUCUCCAAUGCGCUGAUGAGCCUUGAACAACACACUCAGCCAGCAAACCUUCAAACGUGCCUGGCUGGCAUCUUACAUGAUGGGCUGAUGCGCGCUGUUGUUGUUGUUAGGUGCUCUUGUUUUCUGACGCAGAGAGAGAGGGAGAGAGACGGAGCAGAGAGAGGUUUGGCUUUUUCACAGGCCUAAGUCUGCUCCUUUUGUGGAAUGUUGGGAAGUGUGAGAUAUACUCUCUCAUGCUAUCGUGCUCUCUUGCUCUCUCUGGCUGUCUCUCUUCCUCUCUUGCCAACUAUUUUUCUUUCUUCUGUUGCAUCGUACUCCCCCCUUCCUCUCUUUCCCUCCCUCCAUUGUAUUUGAGCUCAUGGGUAUAUGAUGAAAGCAGGGAGUCACAAUUCAUUUCUUUAAGAAUUAUUAGAAAUAAAUACUAUAGCACAUACACUCCAUGGACAAUGUAGGCAUGUUGCCUGACAAGUAUUACAUUAGAAACAUUUGAAUGUGUUUGUGUGUCAGACACUUCAUACUUCAUCUUGCUCAUUUCUUUUUCUUCUCUGAUUUUAGGUUUGCUAAUAAGUAUGUUAAACAUGCUGUAAACACAACAUUGACAUAUCAGUGGCACGUCAACCUUUCAAGCUGAUAUGGCAAACUUGUUAGCACACUGAGCAAAUACAGUAGGGAGCAGCUUUAGCAUUCAAUGUGUUCAACAGCUGAUCGCUAACUUUCCCAUUUAAUUUUCAAACCCUUGCGCCAACUUCGUGUUUGUGUCUGAACAGUGUGCAGCCUUGUGAAUUUGAGUGACAGCCUAUAUCUGAGGAUGUGAGCCGGUUCGCUGAUUGGGAACCUGAUUAAGACUUCAACAUGUUUGCGGCUGCUUAAUCUACCCUCUAAACAAGUCUUUUCUGUCUAUCCUCUGUUCCUUGUUAUGUGCUGUCUUUUGUUUCAUCUUUUUUUGACAUUCUCUUUCUCUUUCCCUUUUUCUACGACUCUGUCUAGAUGUCUUUUUUGAGAUUGAUUGAUUCCCAAAGUUGUUUUCCAUUUAGGCUGCCCCAGAAGCAGAAAGGGACAGAGUAGGGAAAAAAUACCAAAUUACACCGACACUCACAAGAUGCCCCUGCAUAUGUGCGUUUUAUUGUGUUAGUUUACUUGUCUUCAUGUUUCACCAUUCCUAUCUGUCACAUUGUUAGUAUCUCUUUUUUUAGCGCUCUUGCUCUGUUUCUCUAGCGUCAGACAAACAGCCUUGGUCUGGCACUGCGGUUCUUGUUCAGCCGCCAUACACUCCAUUUAACUUUUGAUGAUGCAAUGCAUGAUGGCUCCACCUCAUCUUCACAGCACUCCCCCUUCUCUUCCUGUCAACAGCUUUCAUUAACACCUGACUGUUAAUCCAAAUUGAAAAGUUCCAAUUCGUAGAUUAUUGAUAAACUCUGCAGAUGCGGUGGAAAGCAAAACAGCACUAAAGUUGUUUUGUAUUCACCUGGACUGUUAAGCAAUCUAGCAGGCCUCUCGCGUGUCAAAGGAGAAAUUGAUUUGGGGAGUCUAUCGUUAUUGUUCUCCAAGUGUGAGGCAUUACUCUGCUUUGUCUUCUCCCCAUCUCCCACAGUGUAGCUCCUCUCCUAUUAGCCGACAAUAGAAGUCAUCUAAUUAAAGGCAGGAUGGACCUUGACGGGCCAAAGAGCCGGGGCCAGGCCUCCUUUAAUGUGGUGGGGCUAUUGAUCGGCAAGUGGAUCCAUAAUGUAAUCUGCAUGCCAGUGCCUUAAGUAUGGAUCCACUCUGAGGAAAGAUGAGAACAUAUUAGCAAGUUAGAGAGACAGGGAAAGAGAUGUGGUAGAGUAUUUGAAAAUAAUUCCGAGAGGUGAUGGUUUGACAAUCGUGAGUGAAAGAGAAUCUCAGCCACAGUGGAGAUGGACAAUGUAGUGGAAUAUAACAGCAGCCAGAGCGUCUCUUGGCAGACUUAAGAGUAAGGAGUGAGGGCAUGAUGAUGGGCAGAAUGAUACAGAGAAACAAACACUAGAGAAGGAAAACAAGUUUUUCUAAAAGGGGGUAAUGAGUGACUUAGAAAUUGCCCCCAUGCUGUCAGGUAGCGGCCCGGCCAGGCAGUCCUUCCCCCCUGAGAUGAAUGGCCUGGAGUAGCCUAUCACCGUCCUCCGCUGUGAAGCUGAUCUCAGGCUGUACUUGUCAUAGCGGGCAGAAAGUGACUAGCAACAGCUCCUCUGUCGCUAGGAUUUUGUGUAGAAUUCAGCAAUUAGCUCUGUACUGAGUGUGUUUCACCACUGUGUGAAAGCAGUGCGUCCUCUGUAUAGAAUUUAUUUUGUCUGUUUAAAUACCCAAUCAAAAGUUUAAAUCACACUAAAACAGACAAUGCUGCCAGAGUAACAGGCCUGUUUCAUAUGAGCAAAACGUAUGCUCUGCUUCAGCCUCACACUGUUUUACAGUUUAUAUUACAGUUCAAAAUGUCGUAGAAUGCUUUUGUAUUUUUUUGUAUAUCAGUAGAGAAGAAAGGGGAGAGGAAAGAUGCCCCCACAUCACACUAGCUGGCAACUUUUUCCAACUUGCUGGCUACUCUAUAUCCUUGUGGAAAGACGUGACAGGUUAGCCAUAUCAGCUUUAAAGGUGAUAAAAUGUCAGUGUAUUUACCUGGAAUUUACUGAUGAUUUACGUUGUAUAGGAUAAAUGUUCCAUACGUCUAUGCCACAUUAAAUGUAACAAAUUAGAGUAUGAGGCUCCUCAUUAUCAGCUACAUGAGGUACUUAAGCUUAGUCGGUGUCUUACAAGCAGUAAUGUCGCCAGUUUCUGUAAUGUUUUGGUAUUUAAAAAAGAAUAAGUGAAGUGCUUGUGGUUAUUUGGGAAGAUGGAGGGGAUGAGGAGCAAAAAGUGCCUGUAUGAUGGAAGUCCUGUUAGUCCUGUGGAAGAUGCUGUGUGUAUCUUUUAGCCAGCCUAUUUUUAAAACAUAAAAACCACUCAGAUCCCUAGACACAUGCCUUUUCUCGAAAGGCUUCUUCAAACUUUCACUAAUGCAAAGAAAUGUGCACGUCCUUUAUCUCUUGCUUAUGCAGGACAACUGCUGUCUGCUAAGGGCACAUUUGUAAAUUAUACACACAAUUCAGCUUUUAGGGAGUAAGAGCUUUAUGGCACCCAUUUUUUCUUUGGCAUUUAACAUUAUUUUUAAAAGUUUGUCUCAGUCCCUUGGUAACAAGACAUGCUUUACCAGCUUUGAAAAAUGCUGUUAAACCAAUGGGGAGAAAAUGGGAGUGAGAAAUUGCAGCAUGCCUCCUUUAAGAUUAUGUAUGUUGUCAUUGCGCUCGCUAACUGUAGCUUUGCUAAACAUAAACUGUGGUUACUCAUUCACUCUGUUAAAAAUCCUCGGUAAACAGUGUGAGAAGAGCAGGGCACAUUUUGCCUGGGUUAUUCAGUUUAUGGGAAUAAAGGGGACAUUCUCUGUUAUGCAGCGAUAGGGCUGUCCCCGACUGCUAUAGUGGAAUCAGAAUUGUCGAGUCUUGCUUAUAGUCGACUGAUCGUCGAAUCAUGUGUUUUUGUGCAGCGGCGGGGAGGUGGGGGGUUACACACGGUAGCUCCGCUUUAAUCUUGAGAAGCUGCAGAGCUACAGUCUUUGUUUAUUACUCACUGCAACUUACACUGUACUUUUACAGCUAAACAGAGGCUAACCCCAGGGUUAGGGUUAAAAUUUUGGAUUCAUUCACGCACUUUAAAAAGAAUUAAUAAAAGCAUUUUUCUUUUCAUAUUUUUAUUUACAGCUUUCUAUGUUGAAAUUUAUAUCAUAAUAGGCUGCAUAUUAACUUAUUGGGAGAAAAACACUAGUUCUGUGUAAAAUGAGAUGUUCAGCUCCAAAAUGGAUGAUCCUACUUUCAUAACUCCACUGCUAAGUCAAUCAGGCUCCGCCCAUUGAAGCAUCGAAUCUUCGACUAUUUGGGGUCAGCCCUAUUUGACAGUAUUUGUUAUUUUAGUUGCUGCAGUUGUUUUAUUUCAGCCGGCUAUUAUCGAUGGUGAUUCCUUAACCCUGCACAGUUGCUAGAUAUCACUUUGUUCAGCUGCUUUUUGACGCCACACUAGGGCUAGAGCAUUUGUUGGAGAUAUAGAAUUAGGCAGUAACACAUUGUUGUCAGUAUCACAUUAAUAUAUUCACUUUAUGUAUAAUUUUAGUGCAUAUUUAUUUACUUUCAUGAACCAAUAAAAAUUAGCAGGUAUGGUCUAGUGCUGCAGAACUAGCAUUGCAGUAAACUGGAGAAUGACCGUUGUCUUUCAUUAGUAAACUAAUAGUAUUUUGUGGAAUAUUUGUAUCUAACUUGCAUUAAAAAGGUUUUCUGCCUGAGAGAGACCUUGCUGAUGCAGUAUAACCACCCUGUGUCUUGUUUCUGUGCUCAGUCUUGCCAUGAUGUAUGCCUUUUGGCAGUUAACUGUCUUCAGUAACCUCACCGUGUCAAUUUUAUUCCUCCUACACAGCUGUUUCUGUUUUCUGUUAAUGCUUGUGUUUCAUCCUACAUAUUGAAUGUAUGAUCAUUAGCACCUGUUUGGUGGAUUUGUUUAAUUAUUCACUGAUGACGUGCCUAACAAAUCCCUGACUUUGUGCAAGUAUACCUAGAAGAAUUUAUGCUAUUUUGAAAGUUUGUUUACUCACAUGUCUAUUUUUGAAAGCAUUCUUACUUUAUAGCAUUUUUACCACACCUGCCUAAGACAUAGAACCACACUUUGUACAAUGCCUCAGAAGAAGUGCAGCUUAUGCCCUCGUGCACACACACAUACACACAGACAGGCUGGGUCUGCAAUGUCACUGUUUGCAGAUAGACUGACUUGUGGCUUGGUGGAGCACCCAGGGACAAAGCUUGGAAGAUGGAAACACACUGUCAGUCAGCUGUGAUGGAAUGCUUUCAGGAGUGUAACACACACACAAACACACACACACACAGAGCACAGACUGAAGCUCAUAUAAAGAGAAAAGUCUCAACAGAGUGGACAGAAACUAUGUCCUUGAAUUAGGAUUUCUUCAUUCCUGCAACAGAAACGUCAUUAUUCUGCCUCAAUGAAAUUUUCAGGUUGGAAGCAUAUCUUGCAGUAAGGAGCGGUUAGCUUUAGCGUUAUGCUGUAUCGUCUUAUUGUCUGCUCUGCAUUUCCCCUGCAUAUCUCUACUCUGAUCUGUUGUUUGUAAAUGUAAAUGCUCCGUAUUUGUAUAACGCCUUACUAGUCGUUUCGACCACUCGAAGCUUUUACACUACAUCUGCAUUCACCAUUCACUCACAUUCAUACACUGAGCUUAAGUGCUCAAACAGAAACUAACAUUCACACACAUUCACGCCAGGGGCAAUUUGGGGUUCAGUAUCUUGCCCAAGCACACUUCGACAUCCACAGCCGCCCCCACUAAAUGGAGCUGUAGCUGUGGCACAGUGUGCCCCGCCGUGCUGUGCUAAGCCAUACUUGUUUGUAUUUCAGUUGCAUCCUCACUUCAGGGGAUUACGGUGCUGGGCCAUUAUAAUAAUAGUUGGCUCAACUGUUGUGGUCUUAGAAACAAAAUGCUUGAUAUAGUCUGGUGUCAGGAGCAUAGGAGCCGCUGUCGUUUGGUGUUUUAUUCACUCCUGUUACUGUACUUGACAUCGUGUAACAUAUAGGUGCCUCCAUUAUGUUUGUUGCUUUGUUAAUACACUGUAAAGUAACUAAGCACUUCUAUGGUCUGUUUAACAUAAAAAGACUUUCAACAAAUGAGCCACUGGAGCACUGUUAUUGUGAAAGUGUCUUAGUCACUGAGCUGUUUUUCUAUUUGUAUUUCCAUUGCAUCUUUUUCACCUAUCCUGUCCUCCUCUCUCCUCCUCUCCUCCUCCUCUCCUCUCCAUCUUUGUAUCUAUCCAUCUGCCUGUUUGUCCGAUUGAGCAAUCUGUGGAGUGGAUCUUGGCCAGUAGGCGGUUAACUAAUAUCGGCUUCUUUCUCCUCAUGGUCUGGCCACCGUUGGUCGAGACUUCUAUUCUAAGUCUCCCUCUGAUUAACGGCUGUUAUUAGCUCUAAUGAGCUGCUUAGUGAUUACCCGAGCACAGCUGCUGACAUCCAGCAGGAACACUGUCUUUUCUACUUUGUUCCUUAUCCACUUUUUCUUUGUCUAAUUCCUCCUGCUUUAAUCAUUCGGUGAGAUUAUCGACUGAUGAUCGGCAUUAUUUUCCACCAGACAGCUUGAGAUUUGUUCUUCAAUUUUCUUUGACGCUCUUUCUCUUUGUCUCCCUCCCGGCUUGAGCUUUGACUCAGGCUCCACUCUCCGCUCCUCUGUUUGGUUUAGAACGCAAUCACCAUGUUUCUGGGGUUAAGUAAUAGCAUUUGGUCUGGCAGACAUUGAAUCAGCUGUGUGGUUUUGACCCCUCAGUCUCGGUCCAUCUCCACCUUUCUUUGUGUAAAUGUCUCUUUCAUUCCGCUGAAAUAUCUUUUUCUCUUUCAUACGUAUGAUGGAUGCCACUUUACAUUCAUUUUCUACUUCUUUAUCCUUAGAGAGGUUACAUUCAGUAUUCUCAUAUCUCCACUUUAUUGCACAUUUAACGGUUUGGCUCCAUGACACCAUAUAACUCUGUUGUCACUCUCAUACAAGGCUGCUGGAUUAUACAUCAAACCAAACAUCAGAGAGUACACCUUGUUUACCAGGAGAUUGUAUUCAUUAUAUUUGUCUAGUUGUGUGCUUGGCAUUUUCUUAGGAAGAAAACGUAAUUAGAAAGUUGCGUUUGGACUUACAACAGGCUAACUUACAGAUAAACACAAAACAAAAUUAUACUUUACUUUUCUUACUUGAAUAAAAUAACCUACUUAGGGCAUUUCAUAUGAACAAAAUGUCUGAACAUUACUAAUAGGGUUCAGUAUUUGGCAGCAAGUCAUGUAUAAAUUCCUUAAUGACCAGACACCAGACUGUCUGAGUGUACUAGAGACCAGCACACUGUAGGUAUAAUAGUCAGCAUUGUCCAAAUCCUUUCUAAAUCCUUUCAUUGUGUUAAAAUUUGGAGCAACCUACCAGAUGUCUAGAGAAGAAUAGAAUACAGCUUUAUUGUCCAGCCGAGACCAGAAAAUCAGCUUUGGUCUCACCAGACAUAUAAAAACAUCACUAUUACGUCAAACAUCUCCACACAUCAAAAAGGUGCAGAUUAGUGCAGUUUAAUCAUUAAGUUCAUUGCAUUAGGUAUAAAAUAUCUCUUAUAGGUGUUUUUGUUUGCCAGAGGUACUCUGUAUCAUCACCCUGAAGGGAGCAGCUCAAACUCAGUAUGGAGUGAUGGACAGAGCUUUCUGUAAAGGUCAUCCUGUAACUUUUGUUGUUGGUCUGUUGUCUUUCCUGCUACUUUGACAAUCUUGUCCAAACCAGACAGACAUAUUAAACAUGUGAGUACUCUAUCAGGCUGAAAACACUUUCUCCAAGAUGUUUUGACUGACCCCAAAUUUUCUAAAUUAAAAACAGUGUCUGGCCGACUUUUAACAUAUGGAAUCAACAUUUUCAGUGAAACUCAGUUUGUCGUCAUUAUGCGUACCUAAAUAUUUAAAACGGAGACACUAAGAGUUUUUAAAAUCAGGUGUAAAAACUUUUUAUUAAAGGAAAUGGCAUGCGGAGAGAGGUAGGCCAAUGCACUUUGUAUUUUAGUAGAAAUAUACUUCUCACAAUGUGAGUAAUUCUUCUAUAAUUUUUUCUGCAUGGCACAAUUUUCACCUAACUCUGUAAUGUAGCAAAGGCACAGCAGUGUCAUGAUUUAAGGCAGGCCAGAAACAUUAGCAGAGUUAUAACUUAUAUUAAUGUUUAGUGUUUAGAUGCUUCAAUUUUAUGAAUAACAUCUUGUGGGUUUUCUAUUCAUUCUAUUUAAAGUUGGUUUCAUCUUAUUCCAUUUUCAGGUGUCAGGUCUUUGUUUUUUUUUUCUCUUUUGUAUUCUUUUCUUUUGUUUUUGAAAUACUUGGACAAGUGUGUGGAUGUGUAGGUUGUUUAUGACAGAUUCAAACCAAACUGAACCAAACCUAACAAACCCUGUUGAAAUGGGAUUCGGAUUCAACCCAGAGGGCACUUCUGGCACACAAGGGAAGUAUUUUAGCCGUUUAAAUCAAAUUGAUUUCACUGGUCAUGCAGUUGUUUCCAUGUGGUAAUUGUUUUCCAUCAUGUAAGAAAUGUUCAGCAGGUGGUGACGUGAAACAUAAUGAAAAAAAAUAAUAUGUGAUAAUCAUUUGCAAAGGAUUGCACCACAUUUGUUGUUGUUGCUUUUAAUUGUGUGGUUUGAAUAUUACAUGUUUUGGCCUACGGUGUGGAAAUGGCCGUUGAAACCACAAAGACUGUCGUCAGUGCUUGACAAUGGGAUAUAUAAAGCUGAAAAUCAAUAGAUGUGCUUUCAUCUGCAUCCGGCCUGAUCUUAUUUCUCCACAUUACUAGAGAUUCUCUCAUUGCUCCUGAUAAAAAGCAAUAGAGCUCUGAAAUGAUCCAGAGAAAUAGUUCUGUCAAAAAAUGAUUUAUCUUCUGUGAAUAAUCGCAGGGGUUAUUGAAUAUUUUUAGAUUAAGUUAAUUACUUGACUAUAAAAAGCCAUAAAUUGAAGCUCUCCUCACUGAGAAGCUUCAGAUCUCUCCAAGUCUCUAUUUCUCGUUCUGUCUGUCAGCCGUUUGAUUGGGAGGUGGGGGGGGGGUCUGUUUUAUCAUUCUGUCACCAGCGAGAAGCGUUCUGCUUGACCUGAUGCAAUUGGAGGCAAUUGAAACAGUCAUCUUACCGUGCUGCUGCGACUGUGGUGUGUUGGGUUGCAUCAUGACUUUGUGCACAUAUAGUUCACACACAAAGACGUGCACACAUAUCAGAUAUGCGGGCACGUUUGAAACAAUAGUGCUCACACAUAAAACGAUACAGGUACACAUACAUGCUGCACCUAUUCACGCAAAUAUUCCUGUUCGCAUCAGCACAGGGUUACGUCAUUAGAGGUGUCUCUCUCAACACUCUGUGUGUCGGCUGCCUGUGUGUUUAACCGCAUCUUCUGCCGUUCAUAAUGUCUGCUUAUUACCAUUCCCCUAAUGUUUUUUCCCUCUAACUAAGCCUUCAGAUUACACACGCUAAUGACUUAAUGGACUGAUCCUUCACUUACAUCUCAGGAAACUUUCCUUCAGCUCCCAAAUGUGUCUUGCGCAUUAGGCAGGCACAUUUACUGUGCAUUGAGUGGAUUGGACAGAUAAUGUAAUUAAAACAUGUUUAUAUGUGUGUGUAUAAAAGGAGGCAGCCUAUAUAAAGUGACAGUGUAAGUAUGUGAUUGAAUUCUUCACUAUCUGCUUGACACAUAACCUGCUUGUUUAUACACUACACUGGUUAUAGAGGUAGAAGGACAUUAUGUCACAUGAGUGAAAUAAGUACUUAAAAUAAUGGUGAGUUUACGUACAUGUUUGGUUAAACAAUAAUUAAGUUCCAAUCCCUAACACAAACACCUGUUCACGAAAGCAGAGUAAUGCCUGAUCCACUAGUCCAUUAAGAUGGCAGCCAGUGUUAUCACAAGUCACAUGUAACGUGUAACCACAGAUCCACAUGUGGUGUCCUUUUGUUGGAUCAGAGUACGGCUUCAGCUAAUGAUUAUUUUUUAAAUCAAUAAAUUUAUGUUUAAAAAUGUCUGAAAAUAGUGAAAAGUGUCCAUCAAGUUGUCAUGUGUUGUCUUUACAUUGCUUCAUUUGUCAGACCAACAGUCCAAAACCAAAAGGUAUUCAUUUACAAUCAUAAUAAAAGAAGACAAAGCAGUAAUUUUAAAUGUUUUAUUUUUUAUUUAAAAAGCAUACUUAGAGGGGUAUUCCAGUGAUUUAAUAUUGCACUUCCAUAAUGUUGAGAGGCGGAUAAAUCCUGCCUUUUAGUCCCUAGUAUGAGUCUCACCCCAAAAACCAUGGAUCCUACACUUCACAUAGUACAACUUUAAAGUCUCUUUCAUUAGACGCAAUGAAGUUGCCCACCUCUCCAGUGUGUAACAGACUUUCUGUUACAGAUUUUAAUCUUAAUCUUAAACUAAUCUUAAGCGACUACUGCGAUAACCCUGAUGACAUCACUGGGGGUAUUUUUUCAAACUUUGGAAAGCGCCCUCCCCAGUCCCAGAAGACAUUAUGUAACUGUAUAAUGUGCUGAUCCACAUGGCGGUUAAACAGAACUUAAUGAGUAAAGUUGGUGGAGUGCCUCUUUGAAGAAUCAUUUGAUUAACAAAAUUAGCAUUGAUUAUUGUCUGUUGGAUGACUUUUUCUUCUUAUUUCAAUCAUUUCAGUAAUAGACCAAUGAUUCAGUACUUUGUACAGAUCUACAACAGUCUCCAACGGGUUAGUUAAAGAGACAAAUUGGUGCCUCUUGUUUUUAUGUCCCCACCUUUCUGCUACACACCUUGAUAUUUUGGCAAAAGUGUCUUUCAGAUUGCUCCUCAUGUGGGCACCCUUACAGUGGCUAUAAAUUAUAGGAUCUAUCAGGAACCGUCCUGUUGAUGAUUUGUACUAUUUAUCGCCAAUGCCCUCUCCCCGUUGUGCAUGCUAUCCCUGUGGAAAUAGAAAGCUGUGGCGAAACAGCACAAACAAACCUCAUUCCAAGCAGUGUUGUGUCCCUCUGGCAUUGCCAUGGUUACACGGAGUACGCCAGCCAGCUGCGCACAUGUUGAACCACACACAUCUGUGCUGUUCAAACAUCCCACAGGCCAGUGUGAGGGAUGGUGAUGGGUAUGGAUGUAGUGCGAAUAGAGAUAUUGACAGAAAUUGGAAUAGCUAAUGCGAUGCGGUGGCCUUACUCAACAUUAACUAACACUAUAAGCUUCCUCAUACAAGACACCAUCUUACCUCGGGGCAGGCGGAUCAUUAUGUGUCUGCACAUAUGUAGAUAUGGUAUUAAUAGCUGUAUUCCAUUUGAUGUCAAGGACUUACAUUAUCUUGCCAACAGCUGUGGGGCCUGCUGUUUGAUGUAUGGACACACAGCUUAUAGUGCAGAUAGUGGCAGAUGAGAAAAUUGUUGGAGUGAUUGCGUAGAUUUUAUGGCCUACAGCGUUCGUUAUCACUGGUGAGGCUGAAGUUCAGUGCUUUUAGUGACUAAGCUUAGUGGUGUACUUUGAAGAAAAACCUUGUAACUUCCAAGAACUAUGAAACGAAGGCACUGGAUGCUUUUUUGGAAACAUGACACGGAACUUUAGAUAAGUGUCUCAUGAACCCAAAGAUUCUUAUAAAUCACAGGGCCUGUUUCAGGAGAAAGCAAAGAUUUGCAAACACUUAUUCCUACUUUGACCUCCAGUCAUCACUUCCACUGUUCUCUCUCUCUCUCUCUCACACACACUCUCCCAACCCUACCUUUCUUCAUCUCCACCUGCCUAUUUUCAUAUCUUCACGUCUUGUUUCGCAUCACUACCACGAUUCUAUUCUCAUCACGCUCUCACCUCCUGUCAUCCUGCAUAUCUGCGUGUGAGCGUACGUGCCUGCAAGUGUUGGUGACACUAGGUUGACUCUUCUUAAUUAUCCAACAGUAUGAAUGCCACCUCUCUGGAAAAUGUUCGGUUACCCAUUAACAACGGUGUUAUCGUGCUAAUUGUGCCACGGUGGGGAAAUCACUUCUUUUUUUUGUUUUGUUUUGUUGCAGGCUCCUAAGUGAGAGGUGGGGUGAGGUGGGGGGUUUGUCAGGGAGGAGGAAGUAUUACACGUCUCGCUAGCAGCCAGCAUGUGUCUCAUUUUUAAGUGUCAGACCUUCGGCUGUGUCACUUGGGUAUAAACUGGAUUGUGUGAUGUUUGGAUUCAUCGCUCAAAGUGUAAGUCAUUAGAUUCAUUAGAUUUAACCUGAAAUGCCGCUGUAAAUUAUAAGAAAUGACUGCACCACUGAUCUUAUGAGCUUUGGAUGGUGAUAUCUUGUUAAAAUCUCAAGCUCCUCGCUCUCUCGCUCUGAAACUCCAGUUUACUUGUGAUUAAUCCGAACCAACAGAAGGUUGUCAAACUCAGGCUCUUUUUUAUUUAUUUAUUGCCAAUUGCUUUCUGCAGAGACACACACUCUCACUAACACACACUCUUUAUGAUUACAUCAGGCUAAACUAGCUCGUUUAUCAUCUUACAUCACAUUACCUUGUGGCCCAUAGUUGUAGAGGGCAGAUGGCUGUGUGUGUGUGUGUGUGUGUGUGUGUGUGUGUGUGUGUGUGUGUGUGUGUGUGUGUGUGUGUUUGUACAGCUAUCUUUGUGAGGACAAGCAAGGGUUUUUAACCUUUGGAGUGAGGACCAUUUUGCAAAGUGAGGACAUUUAGGCCGGUCCUCACUUUAUUUUCACUGUAAUGGCCUCUAGAGUCUGUUUAUAUGCUUCUCUCAAAGUUUCAGAGAGGUCCUCAAAAAGAUGCCAAAAUCGAAAAUGUGUGUGGAUUUUCGGUGUGUGUACGUACUCUGAAUACACACACUUUUUGCUCUCUAUCGCCCUCUAUUGACAUAACCGAUUUAUUGCACAGGAGCAACUUUAACUAGAGAAAGACAUGUCUCAUGGUUUUUUAGGUAAAAUAAAAUACAUAUUAUGAAAUUUCAUUUUGUUUUAUUUUACUAUCCCUUAGUUUUUAAAUAUUUAACAAGGUUAUAAUGUGUUUAACUCACUUAUAACAUUAAACUACUGUUUAAUAGUAACAUUAAACUGUAGAAGGAUUUUCAGACUGCAUGAGAUCUAUACAACGAAGGUUAAAAUGAAGGGCAACUGGACUUGGUUGAAGC